GCAUAAUAUAAUUUAGAAUUUAGUUGGCGACCGCUAAGCGUCGAGGUUGGAACUUUUCGCGCAGCAAUUUGUGGCCUGCACAGGCUGCGAAAUUGUUGAGUGAAUUAAUUUUUUUUUCCUGAAUCGAAACUCCAGUCAACAGUCAGUGAUCGGUGGCCAGUGGAAAGUGCAGCACGUACUUUCGGAAUGAAGCCUAAGAAAGGCGCAUUUGCCAACUCCUCGUCGGGUUAUGGCAAAUCGCGGAACAGUUUUCGCAAUAAUGCGGGCAAGCAGGAGGAAGCCGACGCCAAGGUGGAGGAGAAGCUCAAGGCUGACAAGGCCAAGGAGUUGCACUCGGAGAAUGAUCUGAACUCUGGUUUUGGCGAUUAUCUGCGCUCGCCGGAAGCCGUGGAGAUUAUGAAGCUCUUUGUUUUCGCCAACACCAUCAUGCUGAUUGUUACAAUGGCCUGGCCGAAUUUCAAAGAGCAGUACUACAUGUUGCGAGAAUGGUUGGAGUCCUUCCAAGUGGCGCAGUAAAUUGUGUAAGGCAACAAAAAAUAUUCAAGAGAAUUACAAUAUAAAUAUUAACUAAAAAACUAGAAAACAAAGCAUACUUAUAUAUUAUAACCAGAAAUAAUCCAAAAGUGAAGAAACAAGAAUACAAUAACUGUUUAUCAACAUACUAUAUAUUAUAUAACUAUUACAUAUUGACAUAUAAUAAGUUUGAAAAUGGUCGGACCCUUCAUGCAGGGUGUGCUGCUCAUGGGCAUUAUCUAUUGGUACACCAAGGGUAUGCUCUCGCUGAUCAACGACUACUAUCGCAACGAAAUUCUGCGUAAGAUACAAACCAACGAACCGUUGAAUGAAUCGGGCGAUUUUAUUUAUGUCGAUCAAAUAGUCGAACAUCAUUUGGCGCAGAUCAACGAUGGGGAGCAGCAACAAGGUUUUGAGCAAAUAACGAAUGAGCUGAGAAUUAAUAACACUAGUGUUGUAGGAAUGCAAAAGCAAGAAACAAAAUAUAAAAACGUGGACAUUAAAGGCGUCUGCAUACGUGAGCAACGUCUGCAAGAGUUCUUUAGAUUAAUGGAAGUAACAAAAAACAUUUGUUGGUUAAAUGAGACGAUUUGGACGACGGCAAUAUGAGCUACCACAAUAUAUACAUGAAAAUAUAUUAAAUAUACUAUACACAUACAUAUACUUAAAGGCGCCUAAAUAUUGGCCUAUAUAAAUGUCUAUUAAAUAAUUUGUUUAAAAAUGUUGCAGGAAAAUAAUCAAACAUAAAAAUGCUUAUAUACAAGCAAUUACAUAUAUGAUAUAUAUUUACUCAAGAUAUUUAUUCACUCUAACUAACUAUGUAUAACGGUAUUUCGUUUGCCAUAUGUAAAACGCGCGUAAUGCGAAAAGAUCUCAGUUAAAUGCUUAGGCAACUUCUCCAAUACACACGUACGCUUUAUAUCCUACUCAAUAUAAUCUAUAAUCUAUUCUUAUUACUUAUUACACAAUAUUUGAUUUUAUUGACAUUAAAGCUUACAAUUUAUCAUCAAUAAUACAAGGUUAUGAACCAACUUUGCUAAGAACUCAAAUGAUGUUUACGAAUAUACGUAUAAAUAAAUAUAUAAAAAUACAAAAAAAUAUAGAGAAAAUAUUAAAUAAAAAAUGAAUUACAGUUACUCAUA